AUGGAGCAAUCUUCACUACUAUUGAAAAAACAGCUCGCAGAUAUGCGCCGCGUCCCGGUGGAAGGCUUCUCGGCCGGUCUUGUAGACGACAAUGACAUUUACAAAUGGGAAGUGCUCGUAAUCGGGCCACCAGAUACACUUUACGAGGGCGGUUUCUUUAAGGCGAUCCUCGACUUUCCAAGAGAGUAUCCACAAAAGCCUCCGAAAAUGAAGUUCACGUCGGAAAUUUGGCAUCCAAAUAUUGAUAAGGAAGGGAAUGUAUGCAUCUCAAUUCUUCACGACCCUGGAGAUGAUAAGUGGGGGUAUGAGCGGCCUGAAGAACGAUGGCUACCAGUGCAUACCGUCGAGACAAUUCUGCUCUCCGUUAUUUCGAUGCUGACCGAUCCGAAUUUUGAGUCUCCAGCGAACGUCGAUGCCGCGAAAAUGUACCGCGAGAGCUACGCCGAUUUCAAGAAGAAGGUUGCGCAAUGCGUGCGAAAGAGUCAAGAAGAAUAA